UCACUGAUCCAAGAGAACCGACGCGGUUCUGAGUGCCGAGUCAAGAUACCGAUCCGGGUCAAGUUCUCAGUUCGCUCCCUAUCCACAGCGAACUCGCCCUACGCCCUGCUCCGAGUCAACGCGCGAGGACGAGGCGAGGUGACGAGCGGCGAGACGACGACGCCGCCGGAACGGGAAGAUGAAGCCCCCGCCGGGGUGGCAGGGACCUCGCUAGAACUUCGGCGAAAUAUCUUUUCAGAAGAAAUUGCUGCUUCUGCUGCUGCUGUUUUCACUUUCAAAUUUCAAAAUGUCAGUUCUAGCAGAGUUACUGAAUAAUAGUCUGAUUUGUAACUUACUGUGGAAGGUCCUCAAUGCUACGUGAUGUGUUGCGGAUAUAGUGAUGUGCAUUAGCAAAACUACCUUGUGGAUGUGCAAUGAAAGCUCCAUGCCUAUCAGUAGGAUGCUAAAGUUAUAGAAAAGUUCAUGUUCUUUAUGCAAAUCUGGAUUAUUGGUGCAUGCAUUGGAGUAUUCCAGAACUAAGUUGUGUUUGCUGCAUCCAAAGGACACACGGAAAUGCCUUCAUUAUCAUAGGUAAGGACAUUGAUCUACUUUGUGUUUUCCUAAGAAGGCUGAAUCAGAAGUUUCUAAAAUGGUUGAAGAAAUUGCUUCCCUUCGAUCAUCAGGCUUCACUGACCCUGGUUGGGAACAUGGGUCUGCGCAAGAUGAUAGAAGGAAAAAAGUGAUGUGCAACUACUGUGGAAAAGUAGUUAGUGGAGGAAUCUAUCGUUUGAAACAACAUUUGGCUAGAAUAUCAGGUGAAGUUACAUACUGCAAGAAGGCUCCUGAAGAUGUAUUCAUAAAAAUGAAAGAAAACCUAGAGAGCUAUAAGUCGUACAGAAAAAGACAAUUAGAAGACAAAGUACAGUCUUCUUUUGAUUUACACAUGAAGCAUGAGGAUGAAGAGGAUCAAGGUUAUAUGCAGAAGGGAAGGGAAACUAGAAAAUCUAGAAGCUUAGUAACAAGUAUUGCACCUCUUAAAUCAUUAGGUUAUAUUGAUCCUGGAUGGGAACAUGGUAUUGCACUGGAUGAAAAGAAAAAGAAAGUGAAAUGCAAUUAUUGUGGAAAAAUAGUUAGCGGUGGAAUAAAUCGUUUUAAACAGCAUUUAGCCAAAAUUCCAGGGGAAGUUGCAUACUGUAAGAUGGCACCGGAGGAAGUAUAUCUUAAGAUGAAAGAUAAUAUGAAAUGGCAUCGUACUGGAAAGAGGCAAAAACCUGAAACCAAGGAAAUUGCUGCUCCCUAUAUAGAUUCUGAGAAUGAGGAUGAGCGUGCAAAUGACAGGAUCAGCGUAAUCCAUACAGUUGAUGAUCAAGAUGUUUCUACCACUAAAACCAUAAAGACAAGAUCCAGGAAGAGGUCAUCUGGAAAUGGUAUAAGUGAUGAAGAAAUACAGCCGAAACAGAUGGCUCCCGAUCCUUUGCUUUUGAACGCACAAAACAUUUGCUACCCACUAUCCUACAAGCUAUCAAAACAAAAAAGAAGCUCCAACAAAAGAGUUCGUAAAGAAGUUCUUUCUGCAAUUUGCAGAUUUUUCUACUAUGCUGCAAUACCUUUCAAUGUUGCCAACUCUCCAUACUUCCAUAAGAUGCUGGAAUUAGUUAGUCGACAAGGAAAUGGAUUUAGCAGCCCCACAAGCAGACUAAUUUCAGGUCGAGCUCUCCAAGAUGAAAUUCAAAAUACAAAAGAAUUUCUUGCAGAGAUUAAGGCUUCUUGGGCUACUACUGGUUGCAGUAUUAUGGCAGAUAGUUGGAAGGAUGUGCAGGGAAAGACAACAAUCUCCUUCCUUGUAUCUUGCCCGAGAGGAAUGUAUUUCAUGUCCUCUGUCGAUGCUUCUGACUCAAUAAAAGAUGUGAAAUUCCUUUUUAAAUUACUGGACAAGGUGGUAGAGGAGGUUGGCGAGGGGAGCGUGGUACAGGUAAUUACAGAAAAUACUGCAUGCUAUAAAGCCGCUGGAAAGCUGCUAGAAGAGAAGAGAAAAACUAUAUUUUGGACACCUUGUGCUUCUUACUGCCUCAAUCAAAUUCUAGAGGAUUUUACAAAGAUAAAAUGGGUUAGCGAGUGCCUUGAGAAAGGCCAAAAGAUUACCAGGCUCAUUUACAACCACACUUGGCUGUUACAUUUAAUGAAAAAAGAAUACACAGCUGGGAAGGAACUUCUUAGACCCUCUAUUACAAAGUUCGCUACCAGCUUUCUUACUUUGCAAUCAUUGCUCGACCAGCGGACUGCUCUAGAAAGAAUGUUACACUCUGCCAAAUGGAUUAGUUCCCAAGUAGCCAAAUCAGAUGAGGGAAAGGAAGUAGAGAAGAUCAUCUCUACCUCUAAGUUUUGGAAGAAAAUGCAAUAUGUAUGUAAGUCUGUCAGCCCUGUUGUCCAAUUGCUCAUCAGAGUUGGGACUAGUGAUAGCUUCUCCAUGCCAUCGAUCUAUAAUGACAUCUUCCGAGCAAAGCUUGCUAUUAGAUCAGUUCAUGCUGAUGACGAACAGAAGUAUGGCCCAUUUUGGGGUGCUAUUGAUAACCAUUGGAAUUCUUCAUUUCAUCACCCUCUCUAUGUUGCAGCAUAUUUCCUUAAUCCGUCAUGUCGGUACCGUCCAGAUUUCAUGGCGAUUCCAGAGGUUAUCCGUGGCUUAAAUGAAUGCAUAACACGGUUGGAACCAGACACUGGGAAGAGAAUUUCUGCUGCUGCACAGAUCUCUGACUUUGUUUAUUCAAAAGCUGAUUUCGGGACCAACUUGGCUUUAAGCACGAGAAUGGACCUAGACCCAGCUGCUUGGUGGCAACAACACGGCAUAAACUGCCUUGAGCUACAGCAUAUCGCCAUUCGCAUAUUAAGCCAGUCUUGUACGUCCGUCGGUUGCGAGCACAACUGGAGCACAUUUGAUACCAUUCAAAGUACAAGGCACAGCCAGUUUGCUCAAAAGAAGCUGAAUGAUUUUGCCUUUGUCCACUACAACUUACGCCUCAGGGAGCGCGAGAGGCGCACUAAAAGAUCGAUCGAUGAGUCUGUAUCCCUCGACGGUGUCUUCCUUGAAGAUCUCUUGGAUAACUGGAUUGUGGAUGUCGAUCAACCAGCUUCGCAUGAAUAUGAGGAUGUUCUUUAUCAUGAGGUGGAAGAAAUCAGUCAGAAUGAGAACAUCAAUGGAGAGCCAAAUAUUGCAGAACUAUUCCAGACAUCAAGUGCUCUUCCUGCUGGAGAUGGAGUUGCAUCAGAUGAAGAUGAUGCUGGCCUUGAUUUCCUUGAGGACAAUUUGAAUGAUUAGUGUGUAGCAACCACAUAACUGUAAAAAAAAAUGGUAGAUGGUAGAUGAACAUAAUUAGCAAAUAGGAUUAUUGGGAAUUACUGAACAGCAAGUCCAAUAAUGUAGUUUCAUGAAAUAUAUGAAUUGAUUGGUAGAGUACCACAUUAGUCUUUUUGAAAAUUUA